AGAAGGGCACUGUCAGAAAAGACAACGUCAUGAUUGACUGGAGGAUGAAUUCUGUGUUUUUGUUGCUUUUCUGUGUACAGACAACCAUCUCCCUCAAUCCAGUAAUAUUAGUACCUGGAGAUGGAGGAAGUCAGAUACAAGCUAAGCUAGAUAAACCAUCAGUUGUACAUUAUUUAUGUUCUAAGAAAUCUGAUUAUUAUAGUUUAUGGUUGAAUUUGGAAAUAUUGGCUCCAUAUGUUAUUGAUUGCUUUGUUGAUAAUAUGAGAUUGGUCUAUAAUGCAACAAGCCGUAAUACUACAAAUUCACCUGGUGUAUUUACUAUGAUACCUGAUUUUGGUAGCACAUCUUCAGUCGAAUGGUUAGAUCCAGAUACGAUAUCUCAUUUUACGCGCACCUCAUAUUUUGCCCCUAUUGUUGACAGUCUAGUAAGCAAAGGGUUCGUAAGAGGCAAGUCAGUUCGUGGUGCACCAUAUGAUUUUAGAAAAGCUCCAAAUGAAUUUGGUGAAUACUAUGAUAAUCUGAAAAAAUUAGUAGAAGAUACAUAUAGUAAGAAUAAUAACAGUGCAGUGGUAUUAUUAGCUCAUAGUAUGGGUAAUCCAACCACUUUAUAUUUCCUUAAUCACCAACCACAAGCUUGGAAAGAUAAAUAUAUCAAUAAGUUUAUAACAUUAGCUGGUGUCUGGGCAGGUUCUGUUAAACCAAUACGAUUAUAUACAUCAGGUGAUAGUUUAGGAGUUCCUCUUGUAAAUCCUAACAAGGUUAGAAAAGAACAGAGAUCAAUGCCAAGUACAGCCUGGCUUUUGCCUUCUCCAAAAUUCUGGAAUAAAGAUGAAAUCCUUGCAUAUCAGCCAAAUAGAACUUAUACAGUGAAUGAUUAUAAACAAUUUUUUACUGAUAUCAAUUUUUUGGAUGGUUAUGAAAUGAGAAAAGAUACUGAAAAUUUAAUUAUGGAUCUGAAAGCACCUGGUGUUGAGGUGCAUUGUUUACAUGGUCAUGGACUGCCUACACCUGGUGCUUUUAAAUGGGACAAUAAAAAAACAAUUUGGCCUGAUUCUCAGCCAUUUCAAGUAAAUGAUGAUGGAGAUGGAACAGUGAAUAUCAGAAGUUUGUUAGCAUGCUUAUCAUGGAAUGAUAAACAAAAGCAAAAAAUAUAUCAUAAAAUAUUUGCUAAAGCAGAACAUAUGGCAAUAUUAAACAAUAAAGAUGUAAUAUCUUAUAUAUUAUCACAUGUUGGACUGUGAUAACGUACAAUAUUUAUUAUUCCUUUGUUGUUCAUGCUCAUGAUUUUUUUUGAUUAAUUUUUAUUUGGCUUUGUGUUUAUGUUUAUAGACCUAUUGUUGAAAAACAAUUUGGUGCCUAUUGACUACUAACAUUACUAAGUCAUUGAAAUAAAGUAAUUUAUUAAAUUGAGAUAAACUGGUAUUGGCAUUGGGGUAAAUGAUCGUUUGAGUUUUUUCAAAUGUUCACAUAAUCAAAAUAGUUCGUAGUUCUCCAUAAGUUUAACAGAUUUAAGUAACAGGCAGCUAGAAUUUAUAUUAUUCCAUAGAAUUGCUUAAUAGUUGUAAUGUAAAUCUAUAAGAUACCGGUACUAUUUUGCAAUGCAUUUUUCUUGCAUUUAUUACUCUAUGUAGUGGUCUGUUGAAUGUAGUGUCAUAAAAUAAUAUCUGAUCAAAUGAAUCUUGGCUUCUUACUGCACUGAAAUAUAUUCACACAAAUGUAGUAAUAAGAAAUAUUUGUAGAAAGGGUACUUACUUACACUAAAAAGCUAGAUUUUUGUGUACAUCAGGGUUAAGUAUUUUGUUUGACAAUUUAUAGUCUUCAACAUUCACUAUAAAGGAGUGUUAAUAAAUAUACCUAAUUAGUCUUU